AUGUUAAAACAAAAACCGCAACCUCAAACACUAUGGAAAGCGUUUCGUCGUGAAUUUCAUUGGAAAUGUCUCUUAACAACGUUAAUGGUGCAUUUAUGUAUUGGUUAUGUUAUUUGGUGUCACUUUAAUCAUUUUGCAUAUGCUUUUCAUACUUAUUUAACAAAUUUCAAUCAUUCAUAUGGGCCAUGUUCUCAGGGAUAUAAUUUCAUACCGAUUGCAUUUGGUGUUUUGCUUUAUAUAGUCUAUAUUAUGGAAUGUUGGUAUAAUCGAACUAAAGUAAAUCAUAUUGAAGCAAUAGAAUAUAUCGAAAAAAUGCGAAGUGCGCAACCCAUUGUUUGGUGGAAAAGUAUUUGUUAUCACUACGUAAGAAGGACAAGACAAGUUACCAGGUAUCGAAAUGGUGACGCUAUUUCUGCAACACAAGCUUUUUACGAACGGGUCAACUCACAUGCUGCUGGAAGUAUUUUCAUUUAUGAUACAUGUGGCGUCAAGGAUAUAUCCAAAUCAUUAACUGCUUUGGAACAAUAUCCGAUAACUAAAAUAACAAUCACAAAGGGGUUUGUAUUUGCAUGUAUGCAAGCAGCAAACGAGUUUGAAGAGCAACGAGCACGAUUUUUCACAGAAAAUGAAAUUCGUGAUGACUAUAUGGAAGUGCGUGAAGGUCUUGAUUUUGCUGAUUUGCAAUUCGUUGAAUCUUUGAUUGUAUAUUCAUCUCCAUCUAACAAGUGCCCAUGGUAUCUAUCCUCAGCAACAUUUUGGAUUUUCAGUAUUAUUUUACUAAGUUGGCCUUUAAGACUCAUUUGCGACUUACGUACUGCUCAUGUCAACUAUCAAAUUUCCAAAUUAUUUGGAACAAAUUAUUUAAGUCCAUCAAGUAUUAAUUAUACCGGUCCCGUAACUCGAACUUCUACUAUUGAUAGUCACGAUUUGGACUUGCUGAUUCAACGAGAUGGUUACUUGGUGGUACCGAGUUAUAGUGAAGCGAUGCUUAUGGAGCCCAGUAAUGCUUUCAAUCAGCACAUCCUUCCAAAUGGUCACUUCCGCAAUAGAAAUCGUGUGAUAACGACCUGUAAUGAAAAUGUGGUAAUAACAAAUUAUGGAGCUGUUCGUAAUUCGCCUCGGCGUUUUUGGCAGAAUGAUACGAUUAGAUCACCAAAUCGACGCAACUUUGUUGAAAAUGUACCAAUUCGAAGUCGCUCUAUUAGCUUAAUGUUCAAUAAAUUAACUACUCGAUCAGACCCAUCAACUGUAACUACUCCAUCGCUAGCUUUACCACGAACAUUAAAUGGCCCACCACGAUCUGCUAGUAUAAGUGGCUUAUCAGCAGCUUGGCGUUCAUCAGGAUAUAAUUCAAUUAGCGAAGAACAGACGGAUGAUCGACAUCCGUUAAUCGAACAAAUGAGACCAAUCGAUGAACCACCACCGCCUUAUGAAAUUGCACUAAAAAUGUGUGCCCCAUUGUACGAAAGACUUCGACGGUCAGCAAAUUCACUUACUUCUCGUCUGAACUCACUCUCACAUUCUAGCAGUAAAGAAUUUCCUUACAAGCGUGAAUAUGGUACGGAAGGUCAAGGUUCGAGUAGAAGUAGUGGCUGCUAG